GUUGGUCAGGAAACUGAUUUUCGGGAAGCACCGGAAACAGCAGGUAGGAUAAAGUAGGAGAAAGGCGCAUUAUACGCAUGUUCCAAAAAAGACGGCAAAAGGACUAAUAGUGGGAAAGGGUGAUUAUAAAUUAACUAUAACGGUUUCAAUGAGCGAUGGCCCUCACUCAAGAGACUAUUUUGACGUUUUUACAGGAGCAAGGGGGCAAAGUGAAGAACUCGGAGUUGUUGAGCAAGUUUAAAGAGGCGCUCAGCUGCAGCGAUCCUGUGGAAAAGAAACAAAACAGGGAUCUUUUCAAGAGCUUUGUGAACAAUAUUGCAGUCGUUAAAGUCAUAGAUGAUGUUAAGUUUGUUGUUGUAAAGAAAAAUUAUCAAGGAUUUGGGAAAAAUAGUUCUCUAAUCGCGCCAAAAAACGAGUUCGAGGAUACUUUAAGCCGCUUCAAUUCUUCUGUCUCGUCCUGUUCCCCUGAGCGCACGAGCGUCCUUAAACAUGGGUCCGGUAAUAUUGUUCAGUCUGCAGUUGAAAACAAUAACAAUAAUACUUAUUUUACCUCACAUAUGAAUGCGGUCGGUCAAGGCUGUAACCCCGAAGAUAAUCUCCGGCACAACUCUGCAUCAGGAGGAUGCUGUAACUUGGACUGUGAAAGACAUCAGAUGUCCCGGCGAAACGACACAAGUGUGCAAACGGACGUUAAACAGAGGAAAACAGGUGCAGUGUUUGCCAUUAUUGCUACGAAAUCACCUCCAACCUCAAGCAAUGAAGAACAAUUACACACUAAAGUUCUGAUUCAGGAACCUGUAUCACAACAGCACUUGCAAGCCAUCAGAAUAACCCCACCUCUAAGACGCCUAAAAAAAACAGAGACCACAUCUCGUAACACAGGUACAGGGGAAAAGCCCAAUGAAACGGACAGAGACACUUCUCCAGAAACCAAACGGAGGCAGCUGGAAACCAAGUUACCCGACACUCCCCAACUGAAGAGGAACAACAAGACCACAAAACCAAACAAUGAGCCCAAGUACUCCGAGGGGGUCCCCCUGGAGCUUGCUGAGCAUGAUUGGCUCGUAAAGUCUGCUGCGGGCCACUGGGACCAGGUUUAUGGCCUGUUGCUUCAGGACGUCCAGCUGGCAGACAAGAGGGACUUCAUCUCGGGGUUCACUGCACUGCACUGGGCUGCCAAAGAUGGAAACAAGGACAUGGUCCGCAAAAUUAUCGACAUCUCAAGGGACAGAGGCGUGGAGGUGGACAUAAACGCCCGCUCGCACGCAGGUUACACCCCACUGCAUAUUGCUGCCAUUCACGGCCACGACAUUGUCAUUUCUCUGCUCGUGCGGGGCUACUGUGCCAAUGCAAACGUGAGGGACAACAGUGGCAAAAAGCCGUACCACUACUUGGACCAGGGGGUCAGUAUGGAGGUCAGAGAACUCCUCGGAGACCCUCACAUCAUCUCGCAGCAUCAGGAGGUGCCCUGUGAGCAGGAGGAGGAGGACCACAGCCUCCCCGAGCUGCCGAAGGGCUUCAACACCCUGAGCAAGCUGUUUCACCCGCAUUCGGGUCACAGAAAGAAGCACCGCCACAGGCCCAGCUUCCACUUCGUUGGAAGUGAGGACCCCAGAGAUGACCGCAGGGAGCACGUCCUCUCUCGCAGACUCUCAGAUAUGUUCCAUUGACUGCAGACUUUCAGUCAGCACCGAGUAUAGUCUCCUCAGAGACUGGUGUGGUCCCUGUAAGUUUACUAAUUUAAAUGAUAGGGAUUGUGUGUGAGUGUGUGGGAUUAGUAUUUUUGUAGAGAUAACUGGAUAUAAAUGCAUAGCCAGCCCAUGCAGAACUUUGUGUUGGGUGGAAAGCAGUUUAAAGAAUACACUGGAGCAUUGUGAGGGGAUCAUGUGAAUCAUAGCUGAUUAAUCUUAUAAUUUAUGGAUCUUGCGAGUAAACGCUAAAUGUCUAAUUUGAUACCUUUAUGAAAAAAAAAGUUUUAUUCAAUGUAUGAGACUGAACAUAAACAUGACCUGAUUUCUCAGAAAAUGUCUUACUUAGUGUUGUUCAAAUGAUGUUUAAUUAUUGCAAUGCACAAUAGAGAACACACAUUCUUGUUAAAAGUGGGGAGGAAUUUUCAGAGACAGUGAUAUUCUGACCUCUGUGUUUUCUGUGGAGAAACUGAACUUAUGACACAGGCCAUAACAUCUGUGGAGUAAGUUAUGGCCUGUGUCCUAUAUGCAUAACAAGACAUGCCUCAGCAAAGAACGCACCCAGUGUUCCCUCGGAACAACAACCUCGCUUCCCUUCCGCCCUCGCCAGAGUCUGCCUUGGCUUGUAACAUUCUGGGGCUAACAUUCUCAUCUGUUAGGUGAAGAUGAGUGUGGGCUAGACUAGGCGAUGUAGGAAGUAAAACGGUUGCCUUUGCAUGUCUU